AGCAACGCAAUGGUUGGAGGAUACCGUAUAGGAAUGCAUUUUCUCGCUUCAGCUCUACGAUUCCUAGAGCCAAGGGUGGAUGACGAUUUUGUCGAUCGGCUGCAUUAUCUCUACACUUCAACAUUGGUGCUGAUGUUUGCCGUACUAGUGUCGGCAAAACAAUAUGUGGGACAUCCUAUAGAAUGCUUCGUGCCGGCACAAUUUACUCGAGCAAUGGAGCAAUACACGGAGAACUAUUGCUGGGUCCAAAAUACUUACUGGAUACCAUUUCAGGAUCUAAUUCCCCAUCGGCUAGACGAUCGAGAACGACGUCAAAUUGGUUACUAUCAAUGGGUACCGUUUGUGCUUGCUGUGGCCGCUCUGAUGUUCCACAUUCCAUCGUCUGUAUGGCGAAUGCUAUCUAGUCAAAGCGGUCUCAACGCAGCGUUGGUGCUUCAGUUGGCGUGUCAAGAGCAAAAUGUUGAUCCAUUGGUCCGUAACAAAACUAUUGAUGUGCUUGCAAGACAUAUAGACGAUGCUCUCAUGUAUCAGAGAGAACAUGGUGCUAGAAAAAAGAAUGUGUAUAUCUUCGCGGUGGUAAGAGUAGGUAAAUUCUAUGGUGCGUAUGUAUCUACAGUAUAUGUAUUCAUCAAAUCGUUGCAUCUCUUCAAUGUGGUCAUUCAAUUUUUGAUGUUGAACUCGUUUCUCGAAACAGCCGAGUAUCCACUAUUUGGAGCUCACGUCUUAUACGAUUUGUUACUGGGUCGCGAAUGGAAAGAUUCUGGGAAAUUUCCACGUGUAACACUAUGCGACUUUGAAAUUAGGGUAUUAGGAAAUGUGCAUCGACACACCGUGCAAUGCGUGUUAGUGGUAAAUAUGCUCACCGAGAAAAUAUUUAUAUUCUUGUGGAUCUGGUUGUCGGUGCUCGGACUCAUAACUGCUCUAAACCUGCUAUUCUGGCUUUGUGCGCUUGCUUCCGCACAUUGUCGACAGAACUUCGUCGCUAAGCACCUCGACAUGGAAUCAGACCAAAUCGGAAGAUUUACCGACCGUUUUCUCCGACCUGACGGAGUUUUUCUCCUACAAAUGAUUGCUAGUCAUGCUGGCAAUCUUACUUGCGCCAAGGUGACUGAAGCCCUGUGGUUAAUAUUUCUUCGAAGAAGUGGAAAACCGGUGUUGGACGAGAAAGUCGAGAGUUCAGAGAGGGGAGAAUGGGACAGUGUACGUUUACAGAGUCAUCAAGAUAGAAACGAUGAAACAACAAACAAAGAAUCGCCGCCACGACGUGAAUCUUGGCAUGAACCUCCACUGCCACCGCCAAUGCCCCAACUGCCCAUCCGUUCUCAUUAUGUUUAG